CAAAAUAAGCACAUCUACAUCUACUUCAAGAUAAUAAGUUACAAAAUCUAUUAAUUAACCAAAAAUCACUACAGUUCUUUAAAUCAUCCAAAGCAAAAGCUAAAGGAGAGUAACAAAAGUCUUACACUGUUUCAUAGUUAUCUAAAACAAAAACAAAAGACAAGUGUCUUGUGAGUUGUGGCCACCACCAUUGUGAGAACUCAGAAGAUUUUGUACAUUGCCACAUGCUAUAUCUGUUUCUUUAAAAAUGGAAAUUUAUGGAUUUGAUUUAACGGAGAGAAAAAAAGGGAAAGUUGCUUUUUUUUUUUUUUUUCCAAAACCUUAAAAGUUUAGGAUUGUUAAAAAAAGAAAUAAAAGAUUAAGAAAUCCAUUCAUAAGGCAAUUAGAUCUCACGUGCUAAAACUAAACUUUUGUAGAAAUCCAAACAACAUUCGAGAUUUUCUCUUAUAAAUAUAGAUUUAGGUGUUUGUCUUCUCACACAAAAUCUUCCAUCGACUCUAGAUCAUCACCAUCAUAUUACUCAAAGCAAGAAUGUCUAUCGCAGAAAUCUUCGAGAGAGUUGACAAAAACAAAGAUGGAAAAAUCUCAUGGGAUGAAUUUGCCGAAGCGAUUCGCGCUUUUUCUCCUUUAAUAACAUCUGAAGAACUUGAUCAGAUGUUCAGAGAGCUUGACGUCGACGGUGAUAACCAAAUCGAUGCUGCGGAAUUUGCUUCGUGCUUGAUGCUUGGCGGUGAAGGAGGAAAAGACGAUGAAGACACUGUUAUGAAAGAAGCUUUUGAUUUGUAUGAUAUUGAUGGUGACGGAAAGAUAUCCGCGAGUGAGAUUCAUGUGGUAUUGAAACGUCUUGGAGAGAAGCAUACAAUGCAAGAAUGUGUUAUGAUGGUUCGAGCCGUUGAUGCAGAUGGUGAUGGCUUUGUGAGUUUUGAAGAGUUUAAGAUUAUGAUGAGUUCUAACAACAUAAAAUCACUAUGAUCUUUCUCAGAUUUUUAAUAGUUUAAUUUGUUUUUAUUUUGUCUAUUUCUUUAUGAAGUAAACAGAAUUAACCAUUAAACAUAGUUUGGAUUUGUGGUGAUCUAUUUUAUUUUGGAACUAGAUAUUUUUGACUAAUUUAAUUUAAAAAGGAA